CUGCCCGCAUAAUAAAACAUGUCGUUGAUUGCCCCAUUCUAUCGUCUGUUCGCGGACAGAAUGCCUUGAUCUCAAUGUACCAGUAGACAAAGCCCACCUACGACCAAGGACACACCACCAAUAAGCACUGUUCCAGCGAGAAACCAACAAGCACCGCGAUCCUGAUCCCUCGCAGAUGGUGCUGUUAUCUCCACCAGGUCGAUGCUGUUUCGUUUAGGAAAGAAAUAUAUUUAUCCCUUCUACGCAUAAAUCUCUGCAAGAUUAUUGGCCUUGAACACGGGGACCUCGUUCAAACAAGCUUAGCCCUCUUGCGGCCCCCCUCCCUGCUGCUUGUUAACAGUACAUCAUCGCCCUAAUAUUAUCCUAUCUAUCGUGACGGGUACCGUACAGCCAACCACUCACAAUAACACACAUUUAUACCUUCUCGCCUCCAAUCACCAUUUAGGCUCGUUCUUCGGCGAAGCUCCCUCCCUCGUGUACACUCUGAUUGCUUGCAUCCUCUUGUGAUCACAACUUGCACACACCCCAAACGAGUAACUUCUUCUAAGCUUAUCAACCCUUUUCUCACGCUUGUCCCCGUCCGAUUCCUAUCCAACUUGAACUUUCAUAUUUUUUUAUCUUUAUCGCCAAACACAAACAACAGCCUCUCCACAAUGUUGAACUCAUAUCCAUUGCCUGCCCACGGCCGGGGACCUGUGGACGUCUGCAGGUACCGCCCUCAACCUGUCUUGAAGCGCCCUAAACCGGAAUCGCAACAUAUGGCAAUGAACAGAUGGGAGUUGGCCGCAUUACAUGCAGCCGAGGAGGAACACAGAGCUUCACAGCAUGGCUCCUCCCACUACCUCCCACGACAAGACUCGUUGAUCUACCCGGGCCUUUACUCCCAUAGUGGUAUCAACAUGCUUGAUAUUCUUUUCCGAAUCGCGGCAAGGCCGAAUCCCCAGAUAGACCUUGGUCCGAUUGACUCUUCUUGUGCCAUGAUCCUUUGCGAUCUUGCGCUUCCUGACACGCCCAUCGUGUAUGCAACGAAUCCUUUCCUCGAGUUGACAGGCUACUCGAGCGAGGAGGUGAUUGGCCGCAACUGCCGCUUUCUCCAGGCGCCUCCCGACAACGGCGCCGUUAAUCAAGGAUCGCCGCGCCAGCAUGUGUCCAAGAACUUGGUUCAAGACAUGCGCAGAUCUGUCGACUCCAACUACGAGAUUCAACUGGAAGUACCAAACUUCCGCAAGGACGGCACCCGCUUCACUAAUAUCCUCACCAUGAUUCCCAUCCGAUGGGAUGGCGCCGAUUAUCGAUACUCUGUCGGCUUCCAAUGCGAGAAGGAGUGCUGAUGCGGCAGUCAGCCAGUCAGUUACUAAAUGCUCUCGAUUACAAAAACGAAACACUCGAGACGACAAACAACUUUAAUUUUUCUUGACUUAUUCGCCGCGAAACUUGGCAGCAUACGAACUAGUUCUGAGCGUACACGAGUCGAACUAGCAGCGCUAUCCACGAGAGAUAAGCCACAAACUGUUUAUUCGAUCAAGGCCUAGAGGGUCUUUUGCACAGCAUCGCAUAUUGGCGGGCAUUGGCACUUUUGCCACGGAGAUUUUACUUUUCUUUUGGUCGUUAUAAGAUGGUCUCAUGCGUAUACACAGAAAGCAUACGGAAUCAGCUUCUAGGCGUUGAUUAUAUACCCAUCCAGCAUUUGCUUAUUCUCAAGCCGCCAGUUUUGCUUGGGCGGCGAGGCGUUUAGGGAGUUGGUGGACAUCUUCACUUGGGAUAAGGAACUAGGGUUGUACACAAAAUGGAACAUCAUUUGCAUUGGUAGGAAUCUGAAAAAAAAUUAUCUUUGCUUCUAUGGAACAUUAUUGAUAACCACGUCAUUUUUCUACAUCGUUUCGAGUGAAAUAUAAGUUUGGGCUUGGCAAGUUUCGGUAAAUUCCACGUGCUUCGCUCAUGCUGGC